AAAAUUAUUUAUACUUUGAUUUUAGUUUUUGUCGACAAGUGACAUAGUAAAAUAAUACAAUGAAAAAUGUAAAGUAUUGUAUAUAAAUUAAAAAAAAAAAUUGCACAAUUUUAUUUUCAAAUCAAACAAUGCUAGGAAAUAACUAGAUCUAGUUACAAAGUGAUCCAAGUAUAUGCUAUACUUUUUGUCACAAAAAUAACCAGUUUCUAACUAGCCCCCUGAUUAGUUGUUUCAUGUCACGAUCAUAUGUAUUUUAUGCUUGACGUUCGAGCGUAUUUCAGCAUACUCCUGUCUGCUCCUGUCAAUGUCAAUCAGCGUUCUGCGAGUGUCAACGAGUGAGAUUCUCAGGUUAAACAAGCAUACUUUAAAAACUCUCGAUAUGCUCCGAUUUUUGAUCAGUUUAAGCAUUGGAGUAUAUGCCGGAAUAUACAUAGCACAAAAUUAUGAGGUGCCACGAGUAGACGAACCAGCGAAACUAUACCAGCGAGUACUUCAGUUUCUAGAAGAGAAUAAAAAGAAGCCAUAGCGUGUAUCUCUCUGAAAUGAGAUCGCUUCCAAUUCUAGAGGACGGAAUGCAUAUGCCAUUAUUGAUUACAAUGUAAAAGUUAAUGUUUAACUUCCAGGAAAUGUUAAGCCUAAUGUAUAUACGCAUUCAUGUGCGAUGUAAAGAUAAGCCACUCUUAUUUUUCCAUAUCUUUAUUUUAAUAAACAAUAUUUAAACACG